AUAUCUAGUUGUUGUUCAUGGAACUGUCAUUUCUAGUGUUUCGCUUGUUGAUCUUUGUUGGUUUGAUUCGUCGAUGUCAUUAUUGGUAUAUCAUUUUCAAUAUCACUAUUGGGUAGGGUGA